CUUUGGUUUCAUAUUAUUUUCUUCUGUUCGUCUCCGACUUAGCAGCGAUGAUCGAAAGGAGGUUACCGAACUUUACUCCGCAUUGGAGAGUCUUUCUACUAACAGAGCGAGCUCGUGGUGAGUUGCGCAGAAGCACCUGAAAUUUCAGUGAAAUAAAACAAAAAAAUGUACCAGCUCCACGUUCCGACGAUGCAGUCGUCUCUUGCUUCUACAGGAGUAUCCAGCAUACCUUUAGGUCCGCCCAUCAUACUGCACAGCAGAGGCAGCCUUGCUCCUCCGACAUAUAGACGCUCGAGUCGACUGAAUCCAGCACUUUUGCUUGUUGUGGGUCGGCGUGUACAGAUUGAGGAUGACUGCGAUUUUUCUAAAGAACAGAAAUGGAGGACUGGCGUUAUCGUCACUUUUAAAGAUGCAUAGAGGAAACAAGGACCAUUGGUUCAACCUGAUGGUUGGUCAGUUGCAGUGGAGUUUAAACACGUGUUACCGUUGCCGGGAUUUGUUUCGGCCAAUGCAGCUUCCUCCUGUUGUACGACGCCGUGGAGUAGUACAACAGGAGGAAUAGGUCUUGCAGCAGGAGGCGGAGGAGCAGUUUCGAGUACUACGAAGAGCAAGGACCACCUUGGCGGAACUUUACAAAGCGAGCCAGUUGUAAGACGACCACCACAUAUUGAUGCUGAACCAGUAGGACAACAGAGUCAAGGACCUCCAGCUUCGUCACUACUAUUUUCAACCUCCUAUUUUUACCUCCAAACUGAGCAAGAGUGCACUAUACUAGUGGACGUGCAGCGCCUGUAGUUACGAUGCCACCACAAGGAUUGAAUGCAGCACCAGAGGGACUGACUGCAGCGCCUCCUGAAACUGUCUUUGCACCGGCGCCGAGGUCGGUGGUAUAUCCCAGUAUUAGAACUGCUAGGAGAUCCGUCCCUGCGUGUGCGCCGUCUUCUCGUUUCUUGUCCAGUUUUGCCUAAUCACUUCUGCUAGCAUCUGAGAUACAAGUAGAAACGCAUGAUCUUUGUCCCACCUUCCUUCCAGGUCACCAUUCCUCCGCUUUCGGGAUUCCGUAGUGUACCGAGAAUCCAUUAUCAAGAAGAGAUGGUGAUCAAUCAUGAGCAGGUGGUGGCUGUUGGAGGUGGUAGUGGUCGUAGUGACAUUGGAAUCAACAAGCAGUCAGCAUCUACUUCGGGUUCUACAUCAGCAUCAUCAUCUACUUCUGCAGCUGUUCCAUCACAACUUGCGGUCAUGAGAAACAUGAGCACAGAGUCAGCGACGACAGAGGACUGUCAGCCACAUGACUGGGGUAGAGUCAGUCUGGGUAGACAGCGUAGGGAUCGUGUAAUUGGUGCCGCCAAACAUGGACAUGCAGAGGCGCGAGAAUUGUUACAAGAAAGCACAUUGCUUACACCCCGAAUGCCACUAGCGGACUUCAUUUUAGGUGGCACUGCAACAGGAGGUGGGGCGAGGGUUCCACCAAUGUUGAGGUCAGGAGGUGCAACAUCGGAACCACUAGGGCCGCCGCCAUCUAUUUUCGAUUCCGGUCCUAAUAAAAUGCUGCAAACUUUUAUUUCCUCUGCAAUUGCAACAGGAGAUCAAUUGGAGGUGAAAGAGAGCAGCAGUUUCAGAACAGGGAUGAAAUGAUUCAAACUGGACCAAGCCAGACUUUACUGGAGCAUACGAAAGCGAUGAAAAGGGUGAAUCGUGAAGAACGCGACUACGCUGCUCAACUUGCAAGAUCGCUAGGAGUAAGAAGCGUGCAUUAAUACAAUUAUGGCAAUCUUCCCUGGUAAUUCAUCUUCAAAAGCAUCCUGGAGAUCUUUGCCAGGGGAAAAGGUGUCCCGGAUGCAUCUUAGGAUGGAUUAGGGUGAGCUGCUCUAACACAAUCAUACUACUCGCAAGUCGUCCAGUUCUUCAUCGUCCUCAAGGGCAGACAGGACAACAAUCACCAAGAAGAGCUGGUCGAUAGCAACGGAGCGUUUUGUCACAUGUAUAGCUGGGAAAUAUCCAACAUACCCACAAGGAUGCAUGAAAGUAAGCGGCGUUCAAGCUACUACGUGCUGAUCACGAAAUAUUCAUAUUGCUCGCGCAAUUCGGUCUUUGUUUUUUCUAGUUAGGUAUCCUCCACCAACAUAUUGCUCGCGCAAUUGUUUCAACAUAGUUUUUGGUGAUGUUUUUGUACAGUAAUUGCAUAUUCCUCGUGGAGAUGAGCAGGAGGUACUAAUAUUCUGAUACUGACGAGC